AUGCCCGAAUUACAGAUAACCUCUACUCUGCCGUUGAAAUCUGGCCACGCGAUUCCCGUUCUGGGAUUCGGCACCUGCCAAAGCGAGACGUGUACUCGGUCCGCACUCUUUGCCCUUAAAAAUUCUUACCGACACCUCGACACGGCCCAAAUUUAUAACAACGAGGCAGAGACGGGUGCGGCCAUUGCGCAAAGCCAAAUUGACCCUUCGAAACUAUUUGUGUGUUCGAAACUGUGGGAAGACAUGUACUCCCGCCAAGGGGCUCUUGCUGGAGUCCAAGGCUCCCUGAAGAAGCUCGGACUGGAGUCCAUUGACUUGUACCUGCUGCACACACCUCGCCCUGGGCCGGUGGCGAGGAAGGAGGCAUGGCUGGGGCUUCAAGACGCCGUUGAGAGGGGCCUGGUCAAGAGUAUCGGAGUGUCAAACUGGGCCCCAAAGCACAUCGAACAACUCAUGACCGAAGAGGGCGUCUACAUCGAGCCCGUGUGCAACCAGAUUGAACUCCACCCGUGGAACCAGCAGAGGCAGCUCGUGUCGUAUUGCAAAGGCAGGGCCAUCGUGGUCGUGGCAUACUCCCCGCUCACGCAGGGGCGACGAUUGAACGACGAGACGAUCGUCUCGCUUGCUCAGAAGUAUGGCAAAACCCCCGCGCAGAUUGUCCUGCGAUGGGGUCUGCAGAAAGGCUUGGUGGUGAUUCCCAAGAGCGAUCGAGAAACGCGAAUCAUCGAGAACAAGCAGAUCCUCGGCUGGGAGAUUUCCCACGAGGACAUUGAAGUCAUUGACGGGCUGGAUGAAGGGCAGAAGGCGAAUCUGGGCGAGUGGGACCCCUAUGCCUGGGAUUGA